UCUGGCAGCGUGUGCGCGGAAAGCUCGGACUCACCAUGCUCAAAUUCAUCGUUCUCACGAUCGCGAUCGGCAGCGCGGCCUACGCCGCACCGGCGUCUCCGUCGAUAGCUAAAACGGAAACGCUCGAUGAGUCGAAGCCGUUACCAACCCCGACACCUGCUCCGGCACUGGAACCAGCCUCUGCAUCGGCCAUACCGGUCAUCCCGCCACGAUCCGCAGCAUCUGCGAAAGCUCUCACUACGAUAACCGAGAUCAAGACACCGGCCUCGACCACGAAACUGGCGCAAUUGGUAGCACCCCUGGCGACUCCAGUGGCUGCGGCACCUAUCCUCUCGCCUCUUCAGGUCUCCGCGUACGCUUACGCCUUGCCAGCUCUGCCGCAGCUCGAACUAGCAGCAGCGCCUUCUACUUACUCGAUCGAACAGCACGGUUAUCGCAUUAUCUACUGACACCUCGAAUCAUGAAUCAUCAUCAUCACCGCUCGUUCUUGGAUUCAGGCGAUAACUAGACGCAACUAGACCCAACGGACCUAGCAUACCAACAUGCAGAAUACGGCUCU